GAAUACGAAUAAUCUUUAAUUUAUCUUUUAUAAAAACAAAAAAAAAAGCAUCUUCAGUAACUAUAUUGGGUUCAGUCGACCAGAGUCUUGCGACGUAACAGGGAAAAAAAAUCACAAUCUGUUAUUAUGACGUGUUAGAUCUCAUCAUCCUCGCUAAACGUCUUGCGACAUACCGCACCCGACAAGACUUCUCCAAUCGGCCAGUAUGUGGAUAUAUCUUAUUUUUCUUUUAGUGUCCCUCUCAAUCCAUGUGGGUUUUGGUCGUCCUCUUUGUAGCCUGACUUUUCCAUUGAUUCGAAAAGUGCCCUUUGUGUUGGAAUAUUAGACGAAAGCGAAGGAGAAUUUCUAUACCAGUAAAAUCAAUAAAUCUUUAAAUGGAGAUGGAUGCUUCCAAAAAAUUUGAAAACAAGUUGAUGGACAUUAUUCAAGGAUCGAGUUCAAAGAACGAUGUUAUAGAGAAGUUCGAUGACUUGGCCGAUACGUUUGAUGAGUUUUCAAAGGGAAGCGGUUAUACUGCACCGAAAUAUUGCAGCACCCUACUCUCAGAGCAUAUACCUGACAGAAAGGCCAACAUUCUUGACUUUGGAUGUGGGACCGGACUUGUAGGCGAACAGCUGUAUCAACUUAGCUUUCAAAAUAUUGAUGGGUUUGAUUGUGCCCCCAAGUGUUUGCAAGUUGCUGAAAACAAACAGAUAUUCAAACGAUUGUUCUGUGAAUUUUUUUCUGGACAAACUCUGAAUUUAGCCACAGAUUUCUAUGAUGGAUUGAUAUGCGUUGGCGGUUUCUUCGCGUCGGGUUUGAAGGCCAACUGUUUUAGAGAAUGGAUACGUAUCGUUAAGCCAGGUAAACACUUUUAGUAUCCAG